UAAAAAAAUAUAAUUGGUAGUGCAACCAAACAAUGCAUUUAAGAUUUACCAAUGCUAUAAAAUGUUCAUUAUACUGUCUGAGCUUUUAUAAUAAAAGGAAGAAAGUGAUCAAAAAUGAACGAGUAGAAUGUCCCAUCUCCAUGAUUCCUCAGAAAGUCACGAUCUGCCCCGGUACACAAACAGACGUCUACACAAUGUAAUAGUGAUUACCGGCGCUAAGUCACAGAGCCACAUCCCACGGGAGGCAGUGACAACGCACUUCUAACAGCGCUACCCGCCACAGAUAAGAUGGGAAUUUCCGCCAAUCCAUGCCGGAAAGAAUACACGACAAACAAGCAAACACGUUGAUGUGUUUGUCGCGUAAACUUUGCAAUGAUGCUUCAAGCUUAAACAGUCCACAAUUCAAAUAAACUUGGUCUGAGGACGAACGCCAUUGCCCCGGAGAAGAGUUCGGGAGUAUAUUUUCAGUUUUUAGUAUUAUUCUGUAAGCAUGAUAUCGCAAACUUCUUUUGUCGUGUCGGUUUUGGCUGCUCUUCUUGGCAGAGUUUCCGGUGAAAAUGUCGUCUGCACCUCCAAUUUUGAGAGGAUUCUCUCUGACGAUUGUAAAACGCUCCAUCGCUGUGUCUGGGGGAAGCCCAUUAAGAUGCCUGACUGUACCCCGGGUCUCAUCUUUAGCAGGCAGUACGGGGUCUGUGUCUACAAGGGCAGCGAAUUUGACGACUGCGGGUCCAAAAAGGGAACUGAUGACGCAUGCGUAGGUAACCCUUGUAAGAACGGAGGAGGGUGUAAACCAACAGACGACGGCAAGUCCUUCACGUGCUCAUGCUCGGCAGAAUACGGGGGAGCCUUCUGUGAAAAGGCCCUCACCAUAGACGAAAUCUGCCGGACUCGGUCCUACUAUCGGGCUGCCCAUCCCCAGUACUGUCAGCUAUACUACGACUGUUCCACUAAGUACACCAGGGUACCGACGUACUUUGAACAACACAUGCGGGAAUGCAGAUAUCCUCAGUUGUUUUCGGAGAAAACGUUACAAUGCGAGAACUAUACAGAAGUGGAUUGUGGAAACAGGACUGAAUACAAAUCUGCAUGUAACUACCUUUCAAGUCGGUGUGGGUCCUCUCAUUGCCUGCCAUGUUCGCUAAGUCAUCCAAGCUGUGAGGGAAAAGAAGAUGGCGUGUAUCAACAUGGCUACAAAACCGAGUCGCCGUGGUUCAUGGUCUGCAAAGAUGAGAGAUUUGUCUCUGAUGGCCUCUGUCCCGUGGAUCCUAUUCUUAGAGUGGAGUCACGUAUAUACAAAGGGGAAUGCAAUAGCUUGUACCACAUUCCCAAGAACCUUGGAGGAAUCAUGCCCGACUGCUCGGGUCUGCAGGACGGGAAUUAUAAAGAUGAGCAAGGAAAUUUGGAUGUUUACUACACGUGUAACAAAGGAGAGACUUUGGUGUCGAGGUGUCCGGCAGGUCACGUGUUCGAUGAGAAAGAGGGAGACUGUAAAAAGGCGCAAUAAAACUGAAUUUUGAAACAAAAAUAAAAAAAG